CUCUCUCUCUCUCUCCAAGGGGGAAAGUUUAGAGACACAUAUUUUAAAACACAUCUAUAAAAAAGUAGAUUUGUAUUGAAGUUUUACUUAUAGAGACAGAAGUAUCAACCACUCACUAUUUGACUCGUACCCACCACUGUGGUGUUGCCUUAUUCAGAGUCUAGGGGGGGUCUUGUUGAAUGCUUGGAGCUGGAGUCAUACAAACAUUCUACUGGUUGAGGAUAUCCUGUAAGGACUCAAGUAUCUGUUUUGGAGGAGGUGGAACAGAUGGAAGUCUCCAACGUGACACUGUGACCGGUUGUCUUCACACUAGGAGUGUUUACUACUGAAUUACUGAAUCAUUCAAUUUUUCUGGGUGAUUUUGGAACAUUGCAACUGCAAGGCUUCACGGGACUUUAGUUUUACUCAAGUGGACGAGGCAGUUCUACUGAUUGCCGUAUCGUUUUGGAAUAUGGUUUUGGAUUAUGCGCUUUUGGAUUUAAAUUUUUUGGGGAUGUGAAUAAUGUAUUAACCAACAAUCAAAAUGCUGAAAUGUAAAGUUUUUUGUUUAACACUUUGUGUGGCAUCAGGGAUUCUCUUGUGUGUAGCCGCCGCCGAGGACCAGAAAUGUAGCAUAAACGUAACCGAGGCCAACACCAGUAUGGAAUCUAUAACAUUAAGAGUGACUACGGCGGGACAGGAGUGUAACUUCACUGUGUUAUCUGUGGACAGCAGCUCUCUAGUAACACACUGUGUGAAGGAGCCGGAGGAAAACAGUACGUUUCAAUGCCAGGUAGUGAGUUUAGAACCCGGAACGUCGUACAUCCUGGAAAUCACGUCGACCACAGAUCAACAACGGGCCAAUGUCACCCUGCAGACCAGUCCAUCCACAGUCAGAGGCCUACAGGUAUCAGAGACCUCAGACAGCCUGGGAGUUUCCUGGCAGCCUGGCCCAGGGAGGACUGAGCGCUUCAGGCUACUGCUGACCGACCGAGUGGGUGUGGUGAAAAACCUGACUCUGGAGAGCACCGCUAAAGACUACACUGUCACCAACCUGGUCCCAGGGCGCGUGUAUAACAUCACCAUGGUGACGGAGGCAGGGGGACGCCAGAGUACCACCUCAAGACAAAUCCAGACAGUGCCCUAUGCCGUCUCCAACCUGAAGCUAGAGAACAAUAACACCCAGGACAGUUUGAGGGCAUCAUGGAGUCGACCCCAGGGUGAUGUGGACUCUAUAGUGGUGACCCUGUCCUCGUCUGGAACCAGCCCUCUGGAGAAGACCCUGUCAUCUGACACCACAAAGGCCCUCUUCCACCAGCUGACACCCGGACGGACCUAUCAGGUGUCUGUCGCCACCAAGAGCGGAGAGCUCUCCAACCAAUCAACUGCCUCGGCUAACACAGUCCCAGGUAAAGUGCCCCAGCUCUCUAUGGUGGCGCUGGAUGACUCCAACUCUCUGAAGGUGAUGUGGGCUCCCCCUGGUGGAGACUGGGAUAAGUACAGGGUGCUGCUGUUAAAUGGGACCCAGACUCUGGAUAACAGGACCGUGGAGAAAGGGGUGGUGGAGCACACCUUCUCUGGCCUGGGACUGGUCCCUGGGAGGACGUACAGGGCUGGGGUCAUGGUGGAAAGCACUGGGGAGCAAGGCACUGUGGAGUACUGCAACAGAGGAAUAGCUCCUAAGCCCGUCUCAGAGCUCCAUAUCCGCCACGCUGACGAGACCUCCCUCAGCGCCCUGUGGAGUCACGCCCCCAACUCAGCCAGGGAUGGCUACGCCGUGGAGCUCCGCCAUGGCAACGCCACGGUUGCCACGAGAGACCUGACCCGUGACAUGAGGGAGUGCACCUUCAACGUGCUCAUGCCCGGACGCGUGUUCACCAUCACCGUGACAACCAAGAGCGGGGAGCUCAACAGCUCUGUGUCGGUGUUAGGGAGGACAGUACCUAUGGAGGUGAGGCGUGUCCACCUGAGCAACCAGGGCCACGUGGACAGCUUACAGGCCAGCUGGGAGCUCCCCCCUGGAGACCUGGACUACUGCAGCCUGGAGCUCCUCCACAACAACCAGGCAGUGCAGAACCACACCGUCCCGGCCAACACCACCUCUCUGCAGCUCAGAGACCUCUGGCCUGGUGCCUCCUACAGGCUGGUGGUCAGUACUGUCAGUGGUGGGAUGGUGUCGAAGCAGGCCGUGGCUGAGGGACGCACUGUACCAGCUGCGGUCGGAGAAGUUACGAUCAGUAACAACGGUCGUCCAGACUUCCUGGGGGUGUCGUGGCAGCCAGCGUUCGGAGAUGUGGACAGCUACCUGGUCCUACUGAAGGACCGUGACAGGACCGUACACAACCUGGUGGUUUCUAAGGCAAGCCCAGAGUGUGUGUUUAACUCCCUCAAGCCAGGGAGGCUGUACACCGUCUCCAUAGCAACCCGCAGCGGCAGCUUCCAGAACAACACGGUGGUGACGGCUCGUACACGUAGGUCACACACACAC